AUGCCUCGAACUCGAUCUGCUCCUGCAGCUCCAGCCGAGCAACAGAAGCCUACAGAACAAAAGGCUUUAUUAACUGCCGACAAACCUACCAAGACAUUCAUCCUCCCUGCGUCCACCAGCGCCGACGCGCGCCUGGUCUCCCUUCCGAACCCACAAUCAGGCGAAUUGAGCCGUUAUUUCUUCUGUCCGCAACGGGGUCUUUUUGAAUUCACUGUAGUCGGCGCACCUACUCAUCAGCCUCGAAGUAUUCUCUUCACCCCUUGUGCGCAAGAGCCGACUCCCGUGUCUGAUGAUGAGAAACCAACCCGCCCGACUGCAUUGGUUUCAAAGAAAGCAGACAUAUUCGUUGCAACACCUAUUGAUCCAGUCUUCUUCUUGGUUCCUCUUCUCUCUUCUUCCUCAAAAUCAGGCCAAUCGCUUUACCAGCCCCUGGACGAUAUAAUUGACUCCAAAGAUGACCUUUCUCCCCACUUGCGCCAUGUUCUCUACGAUGAGGCAUUCCGAAACACUCUCAACUCACGCGCAGAGGCUAUUUGCGAUACGGUGGAAGCUGGAGAUGAGAAUAUGUUCCGGUUCAACGAGACAAAACUUCUGAAGGAAUUGAUUGCCAAGGCUGAACGCAUGGCAACACAAGGCCUACCUGCUAGCUUAGAGGAGCGGUUCAUUCGGCAGGCACUGGCUGCUCCGUUGAUGUCUGUCAAGAGAGACGAUAUCAUUACUAGCCAAACACCGAACGAGAACGACAAUGAUGACGAGACAAGCGCCAAUUCGGAUAAAAGACAGGACUCCCCAUCAACAAUGGCCACAACUACCACCCCGUCCGUUUCUACACCGGCAGGCGAAUCGACACCCGCUCCUGAACUUCCCAGUGUUGACAACUCUUUCGCUGAGAACGUGGCCCGCUUGCUGCGCAUCUCCACUGCCUUAUCAUUUAUGAAAGAAUCCUACCUGUCAAAGGCUUUGCGCACUCGCAUCGAUGAACUACUUGCUGCCCCCGAAAGCCCAUUAGACUUCAAGCCUCUGACGGACCGAUUGAAAGAACUCGUUGCACUCCGUGCAGAGGCUCUCUCUUCCAGAACGAUGUCCGAUUUCAGUCGCAAACGCGGUCUUGAUGAUGAAGAAGUCGAAGCUCGCGCGGAAAAGAAGCGCAAGAAGGAUGAAGAGGAAAAGAAGGCGAAGGCUUCAGAGUCACGGGGUGUUCGCGACCUGAAGAAGGUGAACACUACUGGCAUGAAGAAAAUGAGUGAUUUCUUCGGGAAGGCUGCUGCUAAGAAGAAGACAUGA